AGAGUAUUUGUCGUUAGCAAACAUGGAGGAUCAGAGGACAGAUUGUUCCAGCAUUAUUUCUGAUAUGGGCGCAAAGGGUCUCGCUUGCCAUUUUCAGUUUGAAGAAGGGUCGUCUCAGUUUGUUUUUCUAGACAUUGACAAAGAAACAGGAGGCGCCAGUAUCAACAACUCCCUUAGUUUCUCCACCAGCACUUAUCUGCAUUUUAUCUCUUCAUCUAACGGUUUGCUUUUAUUGUCUAGUUUUGGGGAGAAUCAGCUCAACUAUCAUGUAUUCAAUCCCUUUACCAGGCUGUCUGUGACUCUUCCACCGCAUGGUAUUACCGGGCAAGUCAUCAGGUCAGGUCUCGCUUUUGAUGGAAAACAGUAUCAGGUUGUGCUUGUACAUGCUUUCAAAGAUGAAGAGAAUGGCUUGGGCCCGGAUGUUAUUGAACUGGAAAUCUUCUCUUCCGAAACUGGGGCUUGGAGAAAGCAACCCUUCAGAUUGUCUUUGAAUGUUGAAGUACCUGUCUGUGACUUUCCUCAGUUGAACGCAACCCCACUUUUUUCCAAUGGAGCUAUUCAUUGGGAAAUAAGUGGACGGUUGCUUGUUUAUCAUGUUAAAGAUGAUUACUGUGAAGUAAUUGAACUGCCAAAUGUUUUUGAAGAUUGGUCCUGGCAAUCAACAAUGACUUACAGGCGAUGCUUGUGGGAAUCUGAGGGGAGAGUACACUACACUUACACUGAUUUUGAUGGGGUUCAUACCUGGAACCUCCUCAAGGAAUAUGAGCAUGAUGUUUACUUGCACAAUAAUGUCUAUGACAGCGAAAAAUUCAGUGGGAGCCUCACAACAUAUCUCCUUUUGCUUAUGUUGAAGAUUCCGAGACCAUGUACUUGCAGCUUCCAGGAAUUGUUGUAGCAUACAAUACCAAAAAUCGAGUUUUGCAGAAAGUAUGCAGGUACAAAUUUCCAGGCAUCGAUUUCAAUUGCUGUUUUUUCUUCCCCUUCAUCCACAGCAACGAGUGCCACCAGAGAAAUGCAAGUAAAUCACUACAAGCUAGAGAAGUGGUUGAUUUACCUAUAGAAAAAGAGGUGAAUUCGUUUUCGUUUUAAGUGGAGUUUUAUUGUACUAGCAUUCCGCUUCUCGUAUAGCUUCUUGCAUCUUAAAUUCAAUUUGAUUUCCAGCUAAUUGUAUCUGGUCUUAGCUCUA